UGAACCUAAAAGAUAUCAACUACCAUUUCAUUUGUCCUUUAUCGCUUCUCUCUUCUCAAUCUUUCUUCUUUCAUUUCACCCAAACAUGGUCUUAUCACCUGCGAUGCAGCUCUUUCUUCUACUUCUCCUCUUCCUCGCUGGUCUCCUCAAUUUCUACUUCUACGUUCCUUCCAAGAAGCUGUGUUCUUGGUUCCAAUCUUUUCUCUUCAAGAACAAUCCUGCAGCUUCUUCCAAAGUUUCUCCACAGAUUGAGAGGACUUGUAAUACUUCUAGUUCUUGCAAUGCCAAGAACAUGGGAGAGCUGAGGAGUGUGUUUGCUACCUUUGACAAGAAUGGAGAUGGGUUUAUAACAAAGCAAGAGCUGGGAGAGUCGCUCAAGAACAUAAGAAUCUUCAUGACUGAGAAGGAAGUUGAGGAAAUGGUGUUAAAGUUUGAUUCUAAUGGAGAUGGGCUGAUAGAUUAUGAAGAGUUUUGCCUCUUGUGUGACUACUCCCUGGGAGGCGGCGGCAGCGGUGGUGGUCAAGGAUUGGAGGAUGACGGUGAGAGUGGAAAAGAAGAAGCGGAAGUAGAUUUGAAGGAGGCAUUUGAUGUGUUUGAUAGAGAUAAAGAUGGAUUGAUAUCAGUGGAAGAACUUGGAUUGGUGUUGUGUUCUUUGGGAUUAAAGGAAGGAAAGAGAAGAGAAGAUUGCAGAGAAAUGAUUAGAAAAGUUGAUAUGGAUGGAGAUGGGAUGGUUAAUUUUGAUGAAUUCAAGAGGAUGAUGAGAAAUGGAACCUCCAAUCUUAUCUCUGUGUGCUAAGAACUACUCUUCAUCUCCAAUUUCUCCUUCUCCAUGUGCAUGGAUUCUAUAAGAAAUUCUCUGGUAAGUCCAAUAUAAUUAAUUAAAUUACUUGCUUGAAUGAACAGGAGCUAGCUUAAUUAUAUAUUCCUGUUUCCUGCUGCCUAAUUAACCAACCCCAGUUCAGCUACAAAGGGAAGCUUGCAUAUACCAUAUACCAUAUCAUCUAACCUAACCAGAAGGCAUUAUUAUUAUCAUGUUAAACAUCUGUGAGAGAUGCAGCAAGCUUGAAGUUUUUCAUCUGCCAGAUGGGUUAACAAGACAUGUUUAAGAAUCCUCUACUGAUUAGGAUUCAAGUCCUCUUCCCCUCUCGAAUACCUAACCCCCCCCCCAAAAAAAAAAAAAAAAAAAAAAACCAAAAAGCUUGAAGCUUUUCAUAUAUAUGGUAGAUUAAUAUUUUUAAGGCCUUUUACUCUCUUUAAUAUACUUGUAUAUAUUGGACAUUAUCCUUGAAUUUCACUUGUGUGUGCUUUUACUCGUCAA